UCUCAGGGACUGAUUUUCCACUGUUGCACUCGCACCAGCAGCAGAAGGUCACACAGCCUCACAGUAGGACUACACAGAGACUAGGACACGAUGAAGAACACCUUUCUUUGUUCAGUCGUACUUGUGCUCCUGUCAACAGCAGGUCUUUGCCACGGAUCCGGUGUGAUCACUGUCGAUUUCCUCCGCGGAGCGACAGGAGAGAGUGUGACCUUCACAACAUCUGUGAAACCUGCAGCCGAACCAUUUCUGGCUCUGACCUGGAGCUUCAACACAACCGUCAAUGUCGUCACUUCAACCAGCGUCGACAUUGUGGGACAGGGCUAUGAGAACCGCAUCGUCCUGGACAAAUCCACCGGUUCUCUGGUGCUGAGCAAUGUGACAGAAAAAGACAGUGGGGAAUAUGAACUCAUCAUCAUCCCACAUGGAGGAGAGCACAUUCAAGGAACUGUCGAGCUGGAAGUUCUGACCGCCGUGUCGAACCCCAGCAUAUCCUGCCCCACAGAGAAUUUAAUAGAAGGUAAAAGCUCAGUGAAUAUCACCUGUGACGCUGACGGUCUGGUGUCCAGCACACUGUGGCUGAAAGACGGCAAACCUCUGGUCUCUGGGGACAGAUUCAGCUUUCACCAUGGCAACAGAGUGUUGUCCAUCAGCCCCAUCGACAGGAAAGACACUGGACUGAUUCUCUGUAAUGUCAGCAACGCCAUCAGUUACCAAACAGCCGAGUGCAGACUUCAUGUCUAUUACGGACCUGACAAACCAACAGUAACUCAGAAGCCCAGACGGGCAGAGAUGGAAGAGAAGGUCUCUCUCAGCUGCUUUGCAGAGUCACUGCCAGAGGCCACUUUCUUCUGGACGUUCAGGAACAGGAAGAUCCCUGGACCUGUGGUUCACAUCAAAGAGAUGGAAGAGCAUCAUCUGGGGGCGUACACUUGCACCGCUCGUAAUGCUGUGACCCACCGGGAAGCGUCUGAGGUCCACAGACUGCGUGACUCCUCUCCCAUUAUCAGUGGUUCUAUGUCCAUGAUGGUUUGCACUGUCCUGACCUCGGGGGCACUCAUGUUGAUCUAAACACUGCAUUGUGCCUCUGUGUUUAAAGCCAAGAGGGUUGUGUUUUCAUCGCCGUGGGUUUGUCUGUAAAUGUGUAUUUACAACCCCGUCCCAAGUGUGUUUCCUAACAAUCUACCCACUGAUGACAUCAUGAAAAAUGAUCUCUUAUUAUACAAUGUAAAAAAAAUCUAAUCUCUCUCAAAAUGAAUGGGAUUUUAGAUUAUAUAACAUUAUAAUUAUAUAACAAGUUCAGAUGUGUAUAUUUAACAGUGCUCUGAGUGAUCUGGUUUUAAAUGUGUUUGUGUGAGACACACUGUAAGUGCUGACUGUUUUAGAAACAGAUUCUUAAGCAACAAAGGUUUCAUCUCAUUAAAUCUUAAGAAUCUGUCUGCAAGGCCGUGGUGAUGAGAGUGAAAACCCCUCACUCUCAUCACCAGAGUCCAGAGAAGAAAAACUGUAUUAUUUACAUCAGUGCGCAGAGAAGUUGUUGAUCCACUGCUGCCUUUAUUAGUAAUGAUCAAUGAUGUUUUGCGACUUAUGUGUUUAAAAUCCUUCAUUCAGGUUUACGUAAGUGACUUAACUUAUUAAGCAAGGCAGCAGUGUGUCCCUGGGAGCGAAAAACAACUAUUUUAUCUAUGGAAUUUGGUGCAGGAGUUAGAGCGAGUUAAUAAACGUCAGUUCACAGUUGCAGGGGGCGAGAGUCAGUGCUGAUGUCAGAUCCUUAUUCAACCACACGUACACUCAUAAAACUGUCACUCUUACACUGUCUGUUCAAAUGUUCACGCUUGAUUUUCUUAUCAUGUUCAUUCAAGAGUAACAUUAAUUAUUUAUUUAAUUGUAUGAAGUAAUUAAGAGCAGUGUUACUUGUAUCCAAGCAAGUCAUGUUUUCAAUGUAGACCUGUCUUAAAUAAAUCCAUCUUGACACGAGUCAACCUCCCAGGUGUAACAGACCAGACACACAAUGUUCUUGUGUGAUUCAGCCUUCAUGAGUCCAAUGAAGUUAUCAUUGCUCUGAUAACAUCGUAUCACAUUAUCACUGUAAUAAACUUUUAUAUGAA